AUGAUGGUGAGGGUGGAAGAGGAUGAAAGAAGAAGCAAGAGCCCCGGCAGCCCAGGGCUAAGAAAGGUUGGAUGGCAAGAUGGAGAGAUGGGGAUGGGGGAUGAUGCGGUGCUGGACUGGACUGGUCCAAUGCGCGUAGGAAUAGCGGGUGCGAGAGUGUGCAGCGAGUGUGGAGGUGGGCGUGGCGGACUUCAGGUCCUGCCAAGCCCAGCGUCAACGUGCAGCGUAGCAGUGCCCGACAGUUGCCAGGUCCCCCAGGCCCCAGUCCAAUCCAAUCCCAUCCAGCCAGUUUUUUCUUUCUUCCAUGAUGAGGAGUCAUUUGAGUGGACUCGAAAUGGGUGGAUGGGUCCCUGGAACCCCCGACCGUACCCUACCCUACCCUACUCCAUGGACUUAGCCUACAGCAGCCCCCGGGCGAUGCACCUCACCUCACCACGCACGGAGCGACAAGUGACGGCGGCGGGCGUGGAACAGCAGGAAUUAAAACUGGGGUGCGUCGAGUCAUCAACGAAUAGACUGUCGUUGACAGAAGCCCAAUUCACGAUUAUCAAAACAUUCAAAGACGAAGGACCAUCUCCCUCAGUCAGUGCAAUUUUCUGUCUUCUUGAAGUGGGUCUCGAGAACAAGUACUGUCCAGAGCACCUACUGCAAGUGUGUAUUCCUUUGGAAGACUAG